CGCACCACCCCGAGGGAGGGGCUGGAACCUAGAGCUCCGCCCUUGGCUGCUAUAAGGGGCAGUAAGGGGGCGGACGCCCCGUCCAGCUGGCGGAACGAGCGAUGGCAGCGGAUCGGGUGGGGAGGCGCUUGGGGCGUUCGUCGCCAGCCCGCUCUGCCGGCCUCUCUCCCGGAGGGAACCGCGCAGAAGGGACAUCCAGCCCAGGCAUCCAGAGGCGCCAAGCGCGGGUCACUGUGAAGUAUGACCGACGGGAACUGCAGCGGCGCCUUGACACGGAAAAGUGGAUUGACGGCCGCCUGGAGGAGCUGUACCGGGGACGGGAAGAUGAGAUGCCAGACGAAGUCAAUAUUGACGAUCUCCUGGAGAUGGACACAGAUGAAGAGAGGGCCAAGAAAUUGCACGGCACCCUGGAGUCUUGCCACAACAACACAGAGGACUUCACCAGAGAGCUGCUGGAGAAGCUGAGAGGCCUCCGAACAGAACAUGUCCUCCGCCGGACAAGUCCCAGCAGCCAGAGGAACGUGGAGCAGGGUGUCGAAGUCCCAAAGCGGCAGUGAAGCUGGGGAGCUGCAGAGAAGGCUGAGCUGCUAGAGGAACUUGCUGCCAUACCCCUGCCUCCACUAGGAUGGACUGGUUGCACUGACUGCGGGGCCCUGAUUUCAGCCGCCUCCACCCCCAGCCAACCUACCUGCAGGGAUGGUCACCUCUCCAGCCAUGCCCCGGCCCCUUUUCAGCGAUAUUCUUAAGGGUCCCUCCCCUCUGGGUAAAUCUCUGUACAGUGGAUGUUGGCCUCUGCUAUGGCCCCCUCCUGCAAUAAAGUGCUCUCUCCCCCAGACGUUCAACUACUGCCUGUGCCAAAGAGGGGUGGGAGGAGAUGGGAGCUCAUGACUGGGACCUUCAUGGAAAAUAACCUGGCUACUGGUGGAAACCUCAGGACAGGGUUUGCCCCCUUUGAAACUCUGGCCACUCUCUGGAUUCUUUGUGGCCUGGUUUGGGCAUAACCAGAAACUGU